AUGGCGGCCCGGCUCGGCGCUGGGGCCGCAAGCACGCUCCUGAGGCGCCUCUGGUCCUCGCGAGCCCGGGACCCCGCGGGGCCGCCGCCGCCGUCCGAGGUAGUGGACGUGGAGGCGCUGCUGAAGGACGCCACGGUGGGCGAGGGCCCGAAGCAGGGGCCUCGAUCUCGGCCGGGUCCCGAGACCACCUCGGUGCUGCUCUUCCCGGGUCAGGGCAGCCAGGCCGUGGGCAUGGGGCGCGCGCUCCUACGCUACCCGGGCGCGCGCGCGCUCUACGAGGCCGCCGAGCGCGUGCUGGGUUACGAUCUGCUGGAACUGAGCCUGCGCGGCCCGCGCGAGGAGCUGGAGCGCACGGCGCGCUGUCAGCCGGCGCUCUACGUGGUCUCGCUCGCAGCGCUGGAGGCGCUUCGCCACCGGCAGCCGGAGGCUAUUGAGAAUUGUGUUGCUGCAGCUGGAUUCAGCGUCGGAGAGUUUGCAGCCCUUGUGUUUGCUGGUGCCUUAGAGUUUGAAGAAGGGCUGCACGCGGUCAAAGUCCGUGCCGAGGCCAUGCAGGAAGCGUCUUCGGCCGUUCCUAGCGGGAUGCUCUCAGUCCUCGGGAGGCCUCAGACCCAGUAUAAGGUGGCAUGCCUGGAUGCUCGAGAGCACUGCCAGGCCCUGGGCAUCGAGGAGCCCGUCUGUGAGGUGGCCAACUAUCUGUUCCCUGACUGCCGAGUGAUCUCUGGUCACCUCCAGGCCCUGCACUUCCUACAGAAGAAUUCCUCCAGGUACCACUUCAGGAGGACCAGGAUGCUGCCAGUCAGUGGAGGCUUCCACACACGUCUCAUGGAGCCUGCUAUGGAGCCACUGGCUCAAGUCUUAAAGAAAGUGGACAUAAAGAAACCUUUGAUUUCUGUCUAUUCCAAUGUGGAUGGAAGUAAGUACCUGCAUGCCAGACACAUCCAGCAGCUGCUGGUGAAGCAGGUCGUGUUCCCCGUGAAGUGGGAGCAGACCAUGCACACCAUUUACGAGCGGAGGAAGGGGACAGGGUUCCCGCAGACGUUUGAAGUGGGGCCUGGGAAGCAGCUAGGGACCAUCCUAAAGAACUGUAACCUCAAAGCUUGGAAGGCCUACAGUCAUGUGGAAGUGAUGGAAGAGGAGGAGCAGGAGGACCCAGAAUCCAGCCAAGGCCGCUCUAGCUCUGUUGGGACUGGUUGGAAGAGCAAGGCCAGGGCUGGGCUGCUGGUGCUUCGGUGGUGCUGGAGCCACCCCCUGGCCCUCUGUCAGGCCAGCCUCCCACCCUCCCAGGCUGCUCUCUGGAUCGGCUUUGGGUUGGGGCCCCAAAGGGAGAUAAAAAUGGAGACUGCGUUCUGAGCA